GUAUGAGACAUCCUGGUGACAGAACAGGAUUGGAGUCAGACGUAUCAGAGGUGUUGGGGGCAGCUAGUGUAGAAUGAAGAUACACUUUCUCCUCUUGGUAGUACUUCUGGGGAUCCUUGUCGAGUUCAGCGUCCAAUGGUCUGGGAACGUUUGUUUUCGGACAAUCUGCAGCUACAGACGCGUGAGACGAUGUGCAUAUCGGACGUGGAUGGGCUGCUGCUACUACAAGUGGUACUGGGAGCCGGAUUAUCGGACUGUAUCUUUCUGCUGUCCUGGCUGGACAUUCUCAUCCUACCAGAACUGUGACCGAGCAAUCUGCAACCCUACCUGUCAGAACAGGGGUACCUGUGUGCUACCCAACACCUGUCGGUGUAAUGAUGGCGCUAUAGGAUCAAGGUGUAACACGUUGGUAUGUAACUACCAGAGGCCCUGUUUCCCCGGUAGCUGUACACCAGGUUCCAGUGUCAACUGUGACUGUUCUUCAAACUUCACGUCUCCGUCACCUAGUCCGAGUGACUAUUGUAGAAAAUUGGAAUCAAAUCAGAGGCCAGAGAUUUACGAGAUCGGCGCCAGACUGUCGUUCUGGCAGCGGGGCACCGGGAUGCCAACCAUGGAGAAGUAUUCCUUGUACGCAGACUCCACCAUGUCCAAUGUUUCUGACUCCGUGUGGACAAACAGGGAGAGAUUCAACUGGGUGAACGUCACCGCGUCUGCACAUUACAUGACGGAUAAUCACGCUCAGCCCGCCUUCAUCAAGAGCUAUGGCAUCGGUAUUGCUAAAGCCGAAGUUGACAUUCACCACGAGAAGCUGCCUUUGACGGGGUCAACUCCGAUUGUCAGUAUUGACACAACUCUGCCCUGCACACCGACUGUAUCUGACCUCAACCCCACCUCCGACACCUACUACUGUGACAUAACCAAACCAAACUACGACAGAUCCCUGGAAAACGGAGAUAAACUUAUUCUAACAUUCAAGGCCUGGAGCGGGGGUUACCGGGCACUCCAGGAAGUAACUUCUUCUGGCCUGAUAGACAGAGGAAACCAGAACUACACUGGACAUAUGGUAGAUCAGUCUAUGCAGUUCCGUUUUGACUUCAAGAAACCAACCCAUAGCUGCCUGGGUCAAGGGUCUUCCUGUUCAGAUGAACCGUUUUCAAUGACGCAAGAUGUGACAAAGAGUCCAAUCAAUCUCCGCUGGUCCAACUGGAAUGAUGUUUUUUCUGGCAUGUACCGCUACGCCUGGGAAGUAUUCAAACUACAGGUGGAUGGGAACCAGGUUCUGAAGGAGUAUGAACCCUUGAACCCCAUAUAUGGACCUAUUGAAGUCAAUCAGUCGUCAUCUCCCUCCAACUCCUUCCAAGCCAUCUACACACCAACUGCUCCUGGAGUGUACUCCUUCAUCCUGGAGGCCUCGGACAAGGCCAAUAAUUCUGUCUUUGUCAGGAGAAUCGCCAUAUACGACCCCGUUUCCAGUGUUACUAUAGAUACAGGGGCAGACAACCGUCUAUACAUAUCUUCGGCGGAUCCUAAUGGCGGGUACAACUGGCAAGAUGAUCCAUCUAGGGAAAUCAAGGUCACGUGGACCAACCACUUUGUCAACCUGAUGCACGAGCAGGGCAAGUGGUUGAACCAAGUCCUCGAAUACCCCCCACAGCUCGAGAACUUCUUGAAGAACAUCCCCAGAGAGUCCGGACAGGAUGACCACGAAGGAAACAGGACAGUUGACGCAAUACAAAACAAGAGAGGUGUUGUCAGAUUUGAGAUAGCUUAUGCGAAGGACAGCAAUGCCGGUGUGAAUCAGCCGGAACCAGCCACAGGCUGGACUGAUGUUGGACUCAGUGAAACAUAUACCAUACCUCCAGGUUCACACCUAGGUCCACUGACGAAGAGCGACACGGUGACAGUUUGGGUGAGAGCUACCGACGUCCUAGGUAACAGCCGGGUAGAUUCGACGAGGGUCCAUUUUGAUGAUACACCGCCUGAAGUCGAAGAGCCUGUGUUCAAGAGAAACGUCCAAACGAACAACGUCCCCUUCAGUUCAACUGUUGAAGUAAACGUUCGGGACAUGCAGAGUGGUAUGAAACGUGUGGAACUUAUCGUCAAGAAGAUAGGCAGCAACCUGGUGAUUGUUAAUGAAACAUUGCCCCUCAGGACCAUAAAUUCCUGUAAUGGAUUUACAACGUGUUACUGCACCACAGUUAAUCCAGUCUGCUUCAACAAGACGCAGUUCCUGCCCAUCAGUAACUGCUGGUUGAAGCACCCAAUGUUGGAAGGGAAGACGGUGACAAUGGAAAUGAACUUCGUGAACAUGGCGGGACUCCAUACAACAAAGAGUUUCACUGUGGAUCAACCAGACACACUGAAUGGAACACUAGCCUCGCUAGCCCCUCUAAAUGUGGCUGUUACGAGGAAGGAAACCAACCUAGUGACCCUGACGUGGAAACGCCUCAGCUGCUACAACCGGACAGAGAUGUGGAUUAACUACGAAGUUAAUGGACGGACCGAGAUGACCCUACUGCACAAGACAGCGACCACCCAUCUCUGGUCGGCCUUCCAGCCAGACACAGCCUACAAAAUUGUGGUUAUUUCCCAGUAUGGGGAGUUCAAGAGCAGGGCUGUUCCGGUGACCGUCACAACAGAAUCUGAUGGACUUUCAGGGGAGCAGUGGCUGAGUAUAGGUAUUACUCCUGCUCAUAGUGAUUCUCGUCAUCGUGGGACUGGUCCUAUUCAAACUUGGCUUUCUCGCCGGUCUCCUUCGACGGGACCGGAAGUACAGGGAGAGACCACAUGUAGAGACCCCAGUUGGAUUACCACAGCUGUCAAACAAAGGAAUCGCGCCAGCAGAUGGGCAUAUGAUAACACGACAUACACCAAGGACGACGACAUCUACAUCUACGGCAGUAUGGACUUUCGAGGAGAACCCUGGUACGUCCCUCCAGAAGACAUCAGCCUGACAGAGGUCAUCGCUACCGGCAAGUUUGCAAAGAUCUACAAGGCCAAGUGGAUGGAACCCCAAGAACGUCAAGGAAGUGGCUGCAAAGGUCCUGAAAGUGCGGGAGAGUGAGGACGACAUCCUUUUGAUGCUGGCGAAGAUCAACUUUGCUGCUAAGACAGGUCGGUGAGCAACUGCAAUGUGC